AUGGUCCUGAAGAUUUAUACUAGUACUCUUUCCGGAAAUCUUAAGGUCAAAAAAGAACAGGGACUAAUCUUAUCACUUCUGAACUCCAAGAAGGUUGAUUUUAAAGAAAUUGAUCUUUCAGACAUUUCUAAUGAGUCUGAAAAAUGUGCUCUGUUUGAAGAACUGAAAAAGAUGGAGAAAUCACUAGUGCCACCCCAUAUUUCUUGGAUAAUGAAUACCUUGGAGUUAGUGAUCUUUCUGUUGUUAAAUUUUCAGAGUUUUGAGGAGUUUUACGAGGCAUUGGAGAUGGAGGAACUGGAGUCAUUUUUAAAGCUUCCUGGUGAUAAGCCUAAACCAUUUUCAGCGCUAGUGGGCGAUUCUAAUGAGGGUGAAAACGGUGAAAAUUCCGAGGAGGAGAAGUCAGAGGAAUCCGCAACUAUGGAUAAACUUGCGGCAUCUGUAAAAGGAAGUGUUUGUUCUUCAGGAGAUGAAGGCAGCAAUGAUGAUAAAGGUGAACAAAUCUCAGAUGAUAAAGGUGAACAAAUCUCAGAUGAUGAAGACAAAGUAGAGGAACCGAUGGAUGAGAUGCUUAUGGAAAUGAUUCUGGGAAAGAGGGAACGAAGCCUAGAUUCAGCCUCAGAAGAUGAACUUAAGUCUCCUAAUGAAACUGGAGCCAAAGUGUCAAAUUCAGAGUCAGAUAGAAAUUCAUCAGAGCGCUCAUUGAAAGUUGAAAAGUCUGCUGAAGCUGCGAAGGAAAACAAAAACAAAGCAGAAGGGUCAGAUAACUCAAGCACUAGUGAGUCAGAAUCGGCUUCGGAAUCUGAUGAAUCUGAGUGA